AUGUCAACCACGACGCAGCUAGGGCCAAAGCUUGCGCCCUUCAUUCCCAGUGGGAAAGAAGUAUUAGACCAUACACUGGAUCUUCUUGCACUUUCGAGUGACGAUGUAUUGUUCGAUUUGGGCUGUGGCGACGCGCGGCUAUUGGUUUAUGCGGCAAAUAAGACGAGUGCCACAUGCAUUGGUGUGGAAUAUGAUGGCGACUUGGUAAAGCGUGCGCAGACACGUGUUCAGGAGCAUGGAUUAGAAGCAUUAGUGGAUAUCCAAUAUGGCAACGCCCUGAACGUGGACCUUACGCGGGCGACGGCUCUCUUUCUAUAUCUCAUGCCUCAAGGUAUUAAGAUGCUUAUGCCAAAGUUGGAAGAAGCGCGACGUCUACAUGUACGCAUUGUAACAUACGUAUUUUCAAUCCCAGGCUGGAAGAUCGACGAUCAGCGUGAUUACAAAGGAACUAAAAUUUACUUGUACAAUUCUUCAGCAGUGGCUACAAACUGA